GUGGUGGGCUCUUCUACAAGACAUUACUUUCAACAACAGCCACAUAACGUUUAGGGCAAAGAUGCAGACAAACGUAUAGUUCAGGCUCGGAUAGAAGAGAGGCAAGAAUUGCUUGAAACGGAGAAGAAUCCGUCAUCAGCGUGUCCUUUUGGACAUUAUUCAUAGGUGUGAAGAUGCGGCUUCCAUGUGUCACUGUUUUUCUUCUCACGGUCUCUUUGAGCAUUGACAAGAGCACAGCUAAGGGAGGAUGCUCGGGGUCUUCAUGUGGUGGAUGUGACUGCAGUGGUGUUAAAGGGGCGAAGGGUGAGGUUGGGCUCCCUGGUUUGAUGGGCCUUGUCGGAUUUCCUGGAUUGCCAGGUCACGAGGGCCCCACAGGGCCAAUGGGACCAAAGGGAGAUACAGGGGAGGCAGGAGCUCCAGGAAUGAAAGGAAAUAGAGGCCCACCUGGUAUGGCAGGUUUCCCAGGACGUCCAGGUAUUCCAGGUCUUCCAGGUCUAGAAGGCGCACCUGGACCUCAAGGAAUUCCAGGCUGCAAUGGAACCAAGGGGGAUCGUGGUUUUGAUGGAAUUCCAGGUGUUCCAGGAGUGCAGGGACCACCAGGUAUUCCAGGUUUGAAGGGAAUAAAGGGAGAUCCAGGUGGUGUUAUUGGAGUACCCAUCCCUCAAAAAGGAGACAGGGGCUUGCCAGGACAACCCGGUUCACCAGGGCAAAAAGGAAAUCCUGGACAACAAGGGCCAUUCGGCCCACCUGGACCAAUUGGACCUCCUGGAAGGCCUGGUGAACCUGGUCAAAAGGGAGAGCCGGGUGACAAGCUGACAUUUCAGGGUGAGAAAGGAGAUAAGGGAGAGCGAGGUUUAACCGGUCCCCCUGGUCCACCAGGGAGACGAGAGGAAGUUGAAGGCCCUACCACAACAGUUUGUGUUCCUGGACCGCAGGGUGAAACAGGCUCUAAAGGAGAGAAAGGACAAGAAGGUUUUUGCGCACCACAUUAUGCUGGAGUGAAAGGUGAACCAGGACCACCAGGACCAAUAGGGAAACCAGGCAAAGAUGGACAGAAUGGAGAAAAGGGGGAAAGGGGCUUGUCUGGUACUUCUGGGUAUGAUGGCUUGAAGGGUGACAAAGGAGAAAGAGGACCACCAGGAUAUGGUUUUGGUCCUCCUGGCCCUCCUGGUCCUCCUGGCCCCCCCGGAGCAGAAGGAGAGACAGGUUAUCCAGGAGAGCGUGGAAAUCCUGGCCCCCCAGGCAGAGAUAGGGAAGGUCCUCCUGGACCUCGUGGCUUACCUGGAGAGAUUGGCCAGAAGGGAGAUAAAGGAGCUGAUGGAGUGUCUCUUAAAGGUUCACAAGGAGCUGAUGGACAACCCGGCCCACCCGGACCACCAGGGCCGAUCAAUGAAGACUGUAAUAUUGAAAAAGGACCUCCAGGCCCUCCGGGACCUCCAGGAUUGCAAGGAGAGGUGGGACAGAAAGGUGAUCAAGGCGAAACAUGCACACAAUGCACUGGUUUAGGGCCACCAGGUUUACCUGGUCCUCAGGGGCCAAAGGGUCAGCAAGGUUUUCCUGGACAAGCUGGGAGUAAAGGAGAGAAGGGUGUGCCAGGACCUUCUGGACCUGCUGGAAAUCCUGGUCAAGAUGGCUCUCCGGGUUUAAUGGGUGCCCCUGGUGCUCAGGGUGAGCCUGGUGAUGUCUUUGUGGCUCCAGGGUUUAAAGGAGAUAAGGGUUUACCUGGUACUACUGGAGACAGAGGAUUUCCAGGUAUUGAUGGGCUACCAGGAAAAGAUGGCCGACCAGGGCAACCUGGACCCAAGGGAGAACCUGCUAGAGUUGGUAUUAAGGGUGAUCGUGGCCUGGAUGGAGAUCGUGGUUUCAUCGGCCAUCCAGGUGAAAGAGGUCCCCCAGGUCUCCCAGGCAUAGGACGGCCAGGUGAACCUGGUGAUAAAGGCUUUGCAGGGUUGCCUGGUGCACCAGGAAGGCCAGGAUUACCAGGAAGUAAAGGUGAUGCUGGUCAAAUAAUAAGUCUUCCUGGACCUCAGGGUGCCCCAGGGCCUCGUGGAGAGACUGGCAGACCUGGUCUUCAAGGUGAUAGAGGACUUCCAGGUGAACAUGGAGUUCAAGGAUUUCCAGGAAUCAAAGGUGAACCUGGACUGCCAGGAAUUGGACUCCCUGGGCCUCCAGGGCCAAAAGGAUACUCUGGGAUUCCAGGUCCCAGUGGAAUUCCAGGAGAGCCUGGUCAACCAGGUCAGGAUGGCUUGCCUGGUCGUGCAGGGACACCUGGGCAAAAAGGUGAACCUGGCAGGGGUCUUCCUGGUCCUAAGGGUGCCAUAGGUCAGCCAGGACUGCCAGGAUUUCCAGGGGAAAAGGGUAAUCCUGGAAUGACAGGGGUUCCUGGAACUGAUGGGCGUACUGGGCCACCUGGACCUCAAGGAAUCAAAGGUAACCUUGGACCACCUGGAGUUCAUGGUCCGGUGGGGCCGCCAGGUCCUCCAGGACUUGGAGAACCUGGACCACCUGGACCAAUGGGACCACCUGGAGGCCCUGGACCCCUUGGUCAGAUCGGUAUAAAGGGUGAGAAAGGUUAUCAAGGUCUACCUGGUCUGGACAUGCCUGGACCUCCAGGAGACAGGGGUAGCCCUGGUGUCCCAGGUCUACCAGGAUCUAAGGGUUUUCCUGGUCAACCAGGAAUUCCUGGAAAAGAUGGCUUCCCUGGUGAACGUGGUCCAAAAGGAGAAAUUGGAAUCAUGGGAAUGACAGGACCCCCUGGAUCUCCAGGUUCCACUGGAAACCCUGGAGAACCUGGACAAAGAGGUGACCCUGGUUUUAUUGGGAUCAGGGGAGAGUUUGGUGAUCCAGGUCCCAAGGGUGAGAGAGGAGAGCAGGGUCUACGGGGGCCACCUGGUAACAUGAGUGAUGUGGAUAUGGUGAACAUGAAAGGAGACAAAGGAGACAGCGGAGACAGAGGUGAUCCUGGUCCUACUGGAGAAAGGGGGUUCCCUGGAACACCUGGAGACCCUGGAAUGCCAGGAAAAGAUGGAAUGCCAGGAUCAGACGGACAGCCAGGUGAUAAAGGAGACACUGGAAUCCCUGGGGAGCCAGGACGUAUUGGAGACCCUGGAGACAUAGGUCCAAGAGGAGACAUGGGAUACCCAGGUUCAAUAGGGCCAAAAGGUGUUAAAGGUAUUGGUGGGUCACCGGGUCACCCUGGAUUUAAGGGUACUGAUGGCCCCAAAGGAGAUAAAGGAGAUCCUGGUGCAGAAGGAAUAGGAAUCCCUGGUCCCCCUGGAGCGAAGGGAAAUAUAGGCACCCCUGGUUUCCCUGGUGAACCUGGACAGAAGGGAGAGAAGGGAACAAUGGGUAUCCCAGGAACUCCUGGAACUCAAGGACCUAAAGGGGACACAGGAUUUAUUGGUUACCCAGGCAGUCCAGGGAAGCCAGGUGAGAAAGGUGUCAGUGGUUUGCCGGGGUCCCCAGGAGAUCCUGGGCUAUCAGGACGUCCAGGUGAGCCUGGUCUGCAGGGUCCUCCAGGUCCACAUGGGGACAAAGGUGAAGCAGGGGUAGAUGGCAUUCCUGGAUUCACUGGAGAGAGAGGAGAACCCGGUAUACCUGGGAAAGGACUGCCAGGAACCCGCGGAGAGCCUGGCAGGAAAGGUGACAAAGGCAACCCUGGUCUUCCUGGCAUUCCUGGGAGUCCAGGUAUUCCUGGAACCAAAGGUGAGAAAGGUCUGCAAGGACUCCAAGGGGACCUAGGUCGGCCUGGAGAGAGAGGACUUGCAGGAACACCCAUGGAGGGGCCUAAAGGGGACAGGGGACCUCAGGGGCAGCCAGGAGAAAAAGGUGCGACUGGUCUUCCAGGCCAUCCUGGCAUACCAGGCAGUGCUGGAUCUAAAGGAGAAAAGGGAGAUGUGGGCUACCCUGGCCCACCAGGCUCUCAAGGGUAUAAAGGAGACAAAGGUUUCACUGGUGGUCCUGGUGAGCCUGGAUUGCCUGGUUAUAAUGGACCAAAGGGUGAGAUGGGACCACAGGGUGUUCCUGGUUUCCCUGGUAUAAAAGGUGAGCAAGGAGUGCUUGGCCCUAAAGGUGAAGGAGGUGAUAGAGGAUUCCCAGGUGUCAAAGGUAGCGAAGGCCCCCCUGGACCCCCUGGAGCGCAUACAUUUGUAAAGGGAGAUCCUGGUUAUCCAGGACCACAGGGUCCCCAAGGUCCAACUGGAAUCCAAGGAUUCCCUGGACCGAAAGGACAACAGGGUGUGAUGGGACCUCAGGGUUUAAAAGGAUCUGAUGGGACACCUGGCUAUAAUGGACUUCCUGGAGCCAAAGGAGAGCCUGGACAGACGGGACCUUCUGGUCCCAGAGGGUACCCUGGACCCCCAGGGCCUGAUGGUAUCCCAGGUCACAUCGGCCCUCCUGGCCCUUCCUCAAUGGACCAUGGCUUCCUUGUAACCCGCCACAGUCAGACUGUUGAUGUUCCACAAUGUCCAGAUGGAACAACGCUGAUCUAUGAUGGAUAUUCGUUGCUUUAUGUCCAAGGCAACGAGAGGUCACAUGGACAAGACCUAGGGACAGCUGGUAGCUGUCUAAGGAAGUUCAGCCCAAUGCCUUUCCUCUUCUGCAACAUCAACAACGUAUGUAACUUUGCAUCUCGUAAUGACUAUUCCUACUGGCUCACCUCUCCCGAGCCCAUGCCCAUGAGCAUGGCCCCUGUUACCGGUCAGAGCAUCAAACCUUUCAUCAGCAGAUGUGCAGUUUGUGAGGCUCCUGCUAUGGUGAUAGCUGUGCACAGUCAAACCAUCCAGAUCCCAGCCUGUCCUCGUGGUUGGGAUUCUCUCUGGAUCGGAUACUCUUUCGUCAUGCACACCAGUGCUGGUGCUGAGGGCUCCGGUCAGGCUCUGGCCUCUCCUGGCUCUUGUCUAGAAGAAUUCCGCUCGGCUCCAUUCAUCGAGUGUCAUGGUCGCGGCACCUGCAACUACUAUGCUAAUUCCUACAGCUUCUGGUUAGCCACCAUAGAGGACAGUGAUAUGUUUACGAAACCUGUCCCAACAACACUAAAAGCUGGGAAUCUACGAACUCACAUCAGCAGGUGUCAAGUGUGCAUGAAGAGGGUAUAGAGAAGCCUCAGCAUUGCAUCUGCUCUUUAUGUUCCAGUUUUACGAACGAACGACAAACGUAUGGUGCUACUUCUAUGAAAAGCCAUAGAAAAAACUUCAAGAACACAUAUAGAAAAAAUACCCGUCUCAACGUUUAUAGCAAUGGAACCUCAAGAUCUACUGGCACAUUUGCUUCAUACCGAGCGCUUAACUAACAUUGUUCCAUUGUGUGUAAUGAAUGAGACCUGUUUACACUUGCACUGAGUAUAUGUAUUAGUAAGCAGGUAACCAUCUUCAACAAGAGUCCAUAUAUGGAUCGGAUGCUAUUCCGUACAAGCCUUCUUACGUUUUUCAUCUUUAUUUAUCAUGCCACUCAACAAUAUCAGAUACAGAUAUCUUGUUUAUUUCUCUCUAAAGCGUAUAAUCAAGCAACACUAACAUUAUAGAAUUGGAUAGUUAUUUUUUCUUACUUCACUGUCAGUAAGUUUGUCAGCACCCUCUUUGUAUGAUGUAGGAAAGAUCAAGCUUUGUUGUAAAUAUAGUGCUCUAUUUAGUUACUUAACACUCUGUCACCAUAAUCUCUUCAGGUAAAUGCCAUUGAUUUUGUUAUACUUAAUUAUUUAUGAAAACUUAUGAGAUGAGAGUUUAAGCACCAAGUGGCCUUUCCUUUCUACAUUGAUUUCUUUGUUAACCACUGCAAAGACCUUCAUGGCACAUAAACUGUAAUAUUCUGCACUGUUUUUUUUUUUUUUUCAGCAUGUGGUCUUUAGACUGAAACCUGCCAUGUUUGAAUCCGCAUUUCGAUGUGUAUUUUUGUUAAUGUGUGCUUGCGGCUGUGCCUGGUCCACUUUCCUUUUGGUGCAGAAGGGUUGUCAUUACUCUUAUGUAAUGGCACAGUUUCAGUCUCGAGCUGUGUUCGAAAUCGCCUCUUAUACCCUCAUUCACAAUACCCUACAUUAGUCCGCUAAUAUAGUCCACUUUUGAUGGAAUGAAAGAAAACGAGUGAGAGAAUUCGGACAAUGAGUGAGCCGGAAGGGUUGCCGCUUUUGCAUAGUUUGUGCUUGAUGUUUAAUAAUCAUUUGAAACUUGGCAAUCUGGCAACUUCAGUAGUAAGAUGAAAAGAUUUAUUUUUGAACUCUGUCAUGGAAACUAGCAUGUACAAACCUUAACUAAACAAUUUAGUAAUCAAAUAAAAAGGAAUUUAUAAAUGUAUGAUAUUACGCUGUACCCACAUUGGACCAGCAAUUUGGAAAAUGGAUAAAUGGAUGAUUCAGCUGUGGGCGCCAUCUUCAGGCGAGACACAGGAAUUCAUUCGAAACAACCCUCACAGUGCAUUACGGGUAUUCUCUAGCCAUUGAGUGUACGUUAGUUGUACACUCAUUUUUGUGGUGUAUUAUGGGAUUGAACAAGUACACUCGAUAUCGUCCACCAUGGUCUCGGACACCACCACAAAUGGUUGUGUCCUAUUUAAGGGUAUAGGGGGCAAUUUCGGGCACAGCCUCAGUUUUCCCAUGAUGCCAUUUAACUUCCGAGGAAAGACACUACACUAUUAAAAAUAAUGGUUCUUUAUUGGCAUAAAAAGAUCCUUUAACAUCCAUGGAACCUUUCCAUUGAACAAAAGUUUCUUUAUUCGGUUGUUAAGUCUGACGUCACAUGGUUUCCGCCCUAUCUCAUACCACAAGAAAACAACAAACGGUGCUAAUAUAUACACACAUGAUGUGGUGUAAUACUACCAACAAAUUAUAAUCAACCUUUAUCUCCAUACCAAAAUCCCAGAUUGCCAGACAGUGAUUCAUCUUAUAAAUCGUUAAUAUAAUAAUGUCUGUGACGCUGUGAGCAUGGAGACUGUUGUGUAGACUGUAUGUAUUUUAAAUGUUUAACUUUUUAAAAUGUUAAAUGUUUAAUAUGAAUAAAUAGCACUCAUAAACGGCUGCCGAGAUGGCAUUCUCAAGUGAAACGAGCCGGGGCUUGGACCCAGAAACGGCGUUCCUUACGUCACGACUUAACAAGCGGAUAGUGGAAAAAGGUUCUUUAGAUUAUUAAAAUGUUCUUUACACUAAGAACUAACUGUUCACCAAAAUGGUUCUUCUACGGAAUCGCUGUGAAAACGUCCUUUUGGAACCAGUACUAUUUUAAGAGUGUACUGACGAUCUCUUUGCAGGUCAAACAUACACAGUCCCUUCUGUAUCUGAUUAUAGCUCUAACAAAAUAAUCAGAUGUUGAACAUACAGUAUGUCCAAGUGCACUAUAGUAAGUCACCUCUGUUGCCUUUAAAAAUAUAUAUUUUGUCAGGAAUUCAAGCUCAUCACAUCUUGUUUGUUGACUCCAUUUAUCACUCUGUUGACUUGAACGCAUCGGCAAACUUGAUUUCUACCACAACUAUGACAGACUCAUCCGGAAUUUAGGGUCUGUGUCUGAAGUAAGCAUGUUCCCUCUUGUGCUAUCUUUAAUUUGAACAAUUUUAUUACCUAUAGAUUCCGUUAUAUGUCUUGAGUUUCUUUUGUCUUAAUGCCUCAGAUACCAGACCAAAGAACCUGCACAUGCUCCCCUUACACAGUGGUUUUGUUGCUCAUGAUUUUUGUUUUUUAUCAUUUUACACUGAUAAUACUUGACUAUGCAAUCUACAGUACUUGCAUGAAACCUUCCCCACAGUUGACAUUUAUUUGUAGAAUUCAUCAAAUUGUUCCACUAAGUAAAUAGCUAGUUGUGUUUAAAUUUAAAAGUGCCUUUCAUAAAUUCAGGUGUGAAGAGUCACGGAUGUGAGCCCACACAAUGUCACUGAUCUUGCACACACUCGCUGUUGCUCUGUGCAUUGAUUUGUCCAUGAAGUAUUAACAGCUCUUGCUUUGGAAAGUUGAUUAAUACAGAGGUUGAUUGAAAUUUAUGAAAAUAUAUUUUUUUUUCAGUGUGAAAUGAUUUCAGUGAUGCCCCCAUUCUAUACUGUGUCAUACAAUAAAUUGUUUGUAUAAAUUUGUAA